AUGCUGAGGAUGAAGCUGCCGCUGAAGCCGACGCACCCCGCGGAGCCGCCGCCCGAGGCGGAGGAGCCAGAGGCAGACGCGCGGCCGGGCGCGAAGGCGCCUCCGCGCCGCCGCCGCGACUGCCGCCCCCCGCCGCCGCCGCCGCCGCCGCCGCCGCCUUCAGGCGCGCCGCGGGGCCCCCCGCUGCCGCCGCCGCCGCCGCCGUCUCGGGGGCUCGGGCCGCCUGUUGCUGGCGGGGCGGCGGCGGGGGUGGGCAUGCCGGGCGGCGGCGCGGGGCCCGCGGCGGCGGCGCUGCGCGAGCAGGAGCGGGUAUACGAGUGGUUCGGGAUGGUGCUGGGCUCGGCGCAGCGUCUAGAGUUCAUGUGCGGGCUGCUGGACCUGUGCAACCCGCUGGAGCUGCGCUUCCUCGGCUCGUGCCUGGAGGACCUGGCGCGCAAGGACUACCACUACCUGCGGGACUCGGAGGCCAAGGCCAACGGUCUCUCGGACCCGGGCCCGCUGGCCGAUUUCCGAGAGCCCGCCGUGCGCUCGCGCCUCAUCGUCUACCUGGCGCUGCUGGGCUCGGAGAACCGCGAGGCCGCCGGCCGCCUGCACCGCCUCCUGCCCCAGGUGGACGCGGUGCUCCGGAGCCUGCGCGCGGCCCGGGGCGAGGGCUCGCGGGGCGGCGCGGAGAACGAGCGCGGCGCGGAGGACGGCGGCGGUGAGGAGGAGGACGCCGAGAAGGACGGCUCCGGCCCGGAAGGCGGUGGCGCCGCGCCCCGGCCGGGCGGCGGGCUGGGGCUCAGGGCCCAGGAGGAACUGCUGCUGCUCUUCACCAUGGCCUCGCUGCACCCGGCCUUCUCCUUCCACCAGCGCGUCACCCUGAGGGAGCACCUGGAGAGGCUCCGCGCCGCGCUCCGCGGGGGCGCCGAGGGCGUAGAGGCGGCGCCGGGCCACUUGGCCGGCGCCCGGGCCCAGAAUGACUCUUCUCAUGGUGAUUAUAUGCAAAGUAAUGAGGCCAGUUUAAUAGAACAAGCCCCAAUACCUCAUGAUGGACUUACUGUGACACCUCACAGAACCCAGCGAGAAGCUGUACACAUUGAGAAGAUAAUGUUGAAAGGAGUCCAGAGAAAAAGGGCUGACAGAUAUUGGGAGUACACCUUCAAAGUAAAUUGGUCUGAUCUUUCAGUCACAACAGUAACAAAAACCCACCAAGAACUACAGGAAUUUCUACUGAAGCUUCCCAAGGAGUUGUCUUCGGAGACUUUUGACAAGACCAUCCUCCGAGCCCUGAAUCAGGGCUCGCUGAAGAGGGAGGAGCGGCGGCACCCCGACCUGGAGCCCGUGCUGAGGCAGCUAUUUUCAACUUCAUCACAAGCUUUUCUACAGAGUCAGAAAGUACACAGCUUUUUUCAGUCCAUAUCAUCUGACCCUCUACACAGCCUCAAUAACUUACAGUCCUCUCUGAAGACCUCUAAGAUAUUAGAGCACUUGAAAGAAGACAGCUCGGAAGCAUCGAGUCAAGAAGAAGAUGUGUUACAGCACGCCGUAAUCCACAAGAAACAUACCGGCAAAAGUCCCCUUGUGCACAGUGUCGGUGCAGGCUGUUCCCCGGUGGACGGGCUCCCCAUGCAGUAUGCUGAGCAGAAUGGAGUCAUGGAUUGGAGGAAGCCGGCCUGUGCCACCGUUCAGCACCAGGAGCAGUGCACGGCCUUAGUUGACCAGCAUUCAACUGAAAAACGAAGUUUAUCUUCAAUAAGUAAGAAGAAAGGAAAGCCACAAAUAGAAAAGGAGAAAAUUAAGAAAACUGACACUAGAUUGAAUAGUAGAAUAAAUGGUAUUCGCAUCUCUGCUCUUCCGCACACCCACGGUGGUUCUGUGAAAGAUGUGAGUUUGGACAUUGGAUCUGGACAUGACACGUGUGGAGAGACAUCUUCAGAGAGUUACAGCUCUCCUUCUAGCCCCCGACAUGAUGGAAGAGAGAGUUUUGAAAGUGAAGAAGAAAAAGACAGAGACACGGACAGCAAUUCCGAGGACUCUGGAAAUCCCUCGACAGCCAGGUUUACGAGCUACGGUUCUGUCGGCCAGACGGUCACGGUCAAGCCACCUGUUCAAAUUGCUUCCUUAGGAAACGACAGCGCAAACCUUCUGGAAGAUCCCUUAAGCUCAGCCAAGUAUCAGCAUCUUUCUUUCAUGCCAACUCUACACUGUGUCAUGCACAAUGGUGCCCAGAAGUCGGAGGUCGUGGUGCCUCCGCCCAAGUCUGCUGAUGGCAAGACGAUCGGGAUGCUGGUCCCCGGCCCUGUGGCGCUCUCCGCCCUGCGGGAGCCCACGGACCCCGCGGCCCUGGGCGCGCUCGGGCCGGCGGCGUCCGCCGGGGACUCGGAGAAGCCGCUGGAGCUGCUGGCGGCCCCGCUGCCGCUGCCCUCCGGCUUCCUCCCGCACGGUGGCGGCCCCGCGCUGCACCUCACCAUCCAGAGGCUGAAGCUGCCGCCGGGCCCCCCCGAGAGCUGCGCCCUGAACCUGGCGCCGCCGCCCGCCGCGGGCCUGGGCGCGGGCUCCGCGAGCGCCACCUACGGCCCCGGCCCCGGGCCCUUCCCGGGCUCCCCCGUCGCUGCCACGGACCCCGUCCCGAAGGCCGCCUCGCCGGCGGCGGGACUCUCUCCAAUGGUGCCUCAGCUGGAGGGCGGCGCGGCGGCCGCGGCCCCGCCCGCCGGCGUGAAGGUGGUGGUCCCCGCGGCCGCGCCCGCCGCCUUCCCCGGGCCGGCCGCCACGAGCGCACCGUCGGGCGCCCCGAGCCCCGCGCCCGCACCCAGCGCGAGCCCCGCGCCCAGCACGGCGCAGGGCGACGGCGCCGCCUUCCUGGGCGCGGGCGCGCUGCUGGCCCCGGCCGGCGCCUGCGGCUCGUGCGGCCGGCGCUGCGGCUGCGGCGCCGGGCUGCCGCUCGGCGGCUACUACUACCCGGGGCCGGCGCCCGGGCCGCUGUACCGCGUCUCGCCCUUCUUCAGCCUGCCCUCCCUCUGCAACGGCAGCUACCUCAGCCAGGCGCCCCAGGGCAGCGGCGGCCAGCUCCCCUUCUUCCUGCCUCAGGCCCCGUACGCCAGCGGGCUGGUGCACGACCCGGUGCUGGGCGGCCAGGCCGGCUACGGCGUGCAGCCGGUGGCGGGCUUCGGCCGGUUCUACCCCGUGUACCCGCACAGCGUGGUGGCCGGCUCGGGCGGCACGGCGCCCAAGAAGAGCGGGAGCGCCUCGUGCUACAACUGUGGCGUGAGCGGACACCAUGCGCAGGAGUGCAAGCAGUCGUCCAUGGAGGCCGGCCCACAAGGCUCUUACAGGCUGAGAUACGCACCUCCCCUCCCCCCUUCUAGUGACACGUUGGAUUCUGCAGACUGA